AUGGACAGUGAAGCAAGUGACAUUGAGGCAGAGUUAUCCGACAGCGUCUCAGCUGGUGGGGAAGAAUACAUUGACGAUGAUGAUUAUACGGAAGAUAUUGACGAUCAGAUAGUCACAGCCAAAUCAUCUAGAAGAACAGCACGUAGGAGUGUACCUAAGGGUGUAAGAACCUCAAAACGCAUUAGAGAUAAAGAACUUUCUGUGGAGGUUGAUGAAGAUUAUGAUGAGGAGGAAGAUGUAUUGAGCCCUUCUAAGAAGCGCCAUCUACACACCAGAUCAAUGGACAAAAGGCAAGUUGCCGCAACAGCUUCUGAAAAAUCUGAUAUUGGUGAUAGUAAAGGUAAUGAUGGCGAAAUAGAAGACGGUAUAUUGGAAGAAGAAGAGAGCUUAGAGAAGGAACUGAAUAGAGGUGGAGGAAAGGAGGUAGAGAAAAGUGAAGAAUCUUACUACGCCCAAAACGAUGUUGGACAGAAGGGGGAGGAAGAACAAGACGGGGAAUCUGGAGGCUAUGAAGAUAAUGAACCCAGUAUAAGUAAAGAGUCAGACGAAUUGGUCUCUGUGGUAAACGGUAACGGUAACGAAGAGGAUGAUGAAGUGGAGGCAACAAAAGAAAAUACAACAGAUUCUACUAGAAGUACUACGACUCGAAGCAAGAUGCUGUUAGAUUUGCUGGAAGAUGGUGGGUCUAAAAAGAAAUUAACAGAUGAAGAAAUCCAGCUGCGAAGAGCCGAAAAUGCACGUAAAAGGAAGAACCUUAGCGAGAAGAGACUGGAAGAGGAGAAGCAGGACACAAUCAAUAAGCUUUUGAAGAAAAGGGCCGGUAAGUCUAGGAGCCACUUGCCAAAUGAUGAUGAAAAGAAUGAUGGCUCUUCAAGUUUCGUGAAACCACGCAGGCCUUACAAUAGCGAGGGUAUGACAAGAAUUCUGCGGAGAUAUGAAGAAGACUUAUUUUGUACAUUUUAA